AUGGUCCGCACCAGAGUAUGCAUCAUGAAGCUUGGCCUGGUGGCAGCUCUGUGGACUUUGAUCGUCCCUGCGGUGUCAAAGCCGUCUUCGUGCCGCCUACCUGCACCAAUCGCCAAAACCCGUCAGGGCGUCGUCACUGGGUUUCGCGAUACUUACGGCAACGCGGUAUAUCUAGGCAUCCCCUUUGCGGCCACGACUGGCGGGGAGAAUAGGUGGCGGCCGCCACAACCUGUUCCACCGUCAAAGUCCGUCUUCAAAGCCACGGCUUACGGCCCAACAUGUCCUCAGGCAAUCCGCAAGUCUGCUUACAGUCCCCAGGGCGAGGACUGUUUGAAUCUCAACAUCUGGGCGCCGCCCAAGGGAAGGGACCUGCCCGUUUUCGUCUACAUGUACGGCGGUGCCAUGGUUACCGGUUCCAACAGCAACCCGCAGCUCCAGGGCACCAAUUUUGCUCGCAAGGGCGUCGUCUACGUCAACUUCAACACUCGUCAAAGUAUAUUCGCCUCGCCGCACUCGGCGGAGCUGAAGAAGCUCCAUCCGGACGAGUCGCAGAACUUUGGCAUCCUAGAUGUUGACAAGGCGCUCGACUGGGUUCGGAACAAUAUCAAAGCGUUCGGCGGCAAUCCCGAUCACAUCGUCUUCGGUGGUCAUUCUUCGGGCUCAGUGCUCGUCGAUCACUACCUGUGGAAUCAUCCCGACGCCUGGCUCAAGGGCGCCGUUCAGAUGAGCGCCAACGCCAUGUCCGGCCCUGCUUACGCUCCCAUGAAUGAGGCCCUUGACGCCGUUGCGGCUGAACUCGGCUGCCCUGCCAGCGCAGCGGGAAAGGGACAGUUGGAUUGCCUGCGCCGUCUUGACAUGUAUGCCCUGCAGACGGCACGCUUCAACUCAACCUUCCACACAUGGUUCACCCCCGUCAUCGACGACAUCACACGUCACUCUGAUUACCGCGCCCGCUUCGCGACUGGCAAGUAUGCCUCGCGUGUGCCGCUACUUACCGGCAAUGCGCAUGGUGAGGGUACAAUCUUCAGCCUCGUAUACCAACCGCGGAAUGGCAAUUUCACUUCGUGGACCAAAACGUUUGACGCAGACAGUGCUCAUAUUCCGGAAUCCCUUCUUGUUCCAGCGUAUAAAGCCUCCGACUUCUCCAGCGGCUCCCUUCGCAGCGGCGCCCAGUACGGCGAUGCCCGCUUCCACUGCCCCGUUGACUAUCUCACCGAGAUGCGAAGCGCCGCCCAAGACACCUGGGUCUACCGCUUCUUCGGCGCAUAUGACAACGUCGUCGGGCCGCCGAACACGGCUCCCACCCACGGCACCGAAGUUCCCUUUUUUCACGGCGGCAAUGAAUGUUUCCACUCACUGCGCAACGUCACCCAUCAGCAGCAGGCACUGGCCGACUCCAUCCACGACUGGUUUGUUGCAUGGAUCAAGGACCCGGCAGCCGGCCCGGGUUGGGGCAAGUUCUCGACCAAGUCUCCAAACAUGGUGAAAGUAGGCGUCCCGGGAGACGAGCUGUCACUGGUCAAAGGGCUAACAAGCGCCUACAACUCUCGAUGCAAGUCGCUAUAUGCUCCUGCUUUCCCAAGAUAUCCCAGGGUCCAGUCCAUCAAGUCGGAACUCGGGGCGUCGUGA